AUGCUCGACCUGAAGAUGCUCAGAGAAAGGGAGAACAGCUUCCGCAGAGAUUCCGAGGCGGGGAGAAUACUCGACCCAGCAACACAUGAGGAAGUGGAGUUCCGUCUCAAAUUUGUUGAGAUGACAGUGUGGACACAGUCUCUGGUCCUGUGGCAGCCAUGUUUGUCUGUAUCUGCCCGUCUCUAUAAUGCAUUUUUAUUUGUUUCAGUGCAAUCAGAAAAUGACUAUGAUUAUGACUAUGAAGGGAGUGUCCCCAAGAACUGUCCCACCUCAGAAUCCAUCGCUGGUGGCACAGUAGAGUAUUCCAACAAUGGCGUUGUGGGGAGUCUGCUCAUUUUUCAUUGCAGUAAGGGGUUUGAACCAUAUCCAGUCAGCCAAAAAAUCUGCAACUCUGAUGGAGAAUGGGCGCCUAAGAUCUCCAGGAUAAAAUGUGAAGAGAGUAAUGAUUAUGGAGAUUACGAGGAAACACAGAGGAACUGCUCUUUGAAAGAGUCUUUAAAAGGAGGCACCGUAUCCUACUCCAAUGAGGGACUGGAAGGAAGUGUGUUAACCUAUCACUGCAAGGCAGAAGAAUACCCUUACCCAACAGCACAAAGAGUCUGUGACAGAGAUGGACAAUGGUCAGCCAUGAGACUCCCGAAUGGAAAGAGAAUAUUCAAUGCUAUAUGCAAAGAGGUCCUAUGUCCUGCCCACCUUCAGCUUGACAAUGGGCAAAUUUGGCCCAGGAGACAAUGGUUCAAGGUUGGAGAGCAGCAAACGUUUGCAUGUGAUAAUGGAUUUGCUCUGCUUGGAUAUGCUCAGCGAAACUGCACCAGGUGGGGUGUGUGGACGGGUACUACACCAGUGUGUGAUGACCAGUCUAAAGACUGCAAAAAUCCAGGCUCCCCGCCUGGUGCCCUCCGCUCUGGGGAACGGUUUCGUAUCGGAGAAGGGGUGCGGUACCAGUGCCAGUUAGCUCUGGACAUGCUUGGUUCCUCUGAGAGAAAAUGUUUGGAAUCAAGGGAAUGGAGUGGGGUAGAACCACGAUGCUAUGCCCAGUAUUCAUUUGAUCCACCAGCCUUCGUAGCUCAAGCCCUGGAAGGAUCUAUGUCUGCAUUUAUGGAUGUUUCCUUAGCAGAGUUUAAAAAGAAAGGCCCAUCCUUUGGCCGGAGUCUUAGAGUUGCAGACGCUAGUCAGAACAUCUUCAUUCUGUUGGAUACAUCCGGAAGCAUUUCACAAGAUGGUUUUGAGAAAGUUAAAAAGGCCACUAUUAAACUUGUCGAGAAGCUUGAUAGUUAUGAAGUAAAUAUGAAGUUUGACAUCAUCUCAUAUGCAAGUGAACCCAAAGACAUUGUAUCCAUCACGGACAUCAACAGUGGCAAUCUGGAUUAUAUCUUGAAGAAAUUACAAGAGUUUAGUUAUCAAAGCCAUGGGAGAAAGAAAGGCACCAAUCUUUCGAAAGCCUUGGAUGGGGUGUACAACCAUCUUGUCUUCUUUAGAGAGACCAGUAAAUGUCACUUCAAUCAGACUCAGAACAUCAUAAUCAUUGCGACUGAUGGUCACUCUAAUAUGGGACCCAAACCAAAAAUCACUUUAGAUAAGAUCCGGAGUUUGUUGGGCUACAGAGACACUCAAGACCACACAGAUGAGAAGCUCCUGGAUGUUUAUGUGUUUGCUGUGGGACAAAAUGCAAAUAAGAAUGAGCUGAAAACUAUUGCCUCUUUCAAGAAAGAUGAGCAGCAUAUAUUUGUUCUGGAAAACUAUGACCAGCUAGGAUUUGUGUUCAACCAAAUGAUCAGUAAGUAA